UCCAAUCGUUUAUGUGCAACAGUAGUCCAAGCGCGUCCCCGUUACUGGAGGAGAAGAGAGGACAGAAGGCGGCAGAGAGAAAUAAACCUGAAAUAACACUUUAUUCUGAAAAUCGUCACACGAAAUUCAGCUAAAAUGUCAGAGGAAAAGCCAAAGGAGGGAGUGAAGACUGAGAACGAUCACAUCAACCUUAAGGUUGCAGGGCAAGAUGGUUCGGUGGUCCAGUUUAAAAUCAAAAGACACACACCCCUCAGCAAACUAAUGAAGGCGUACUGUGAACGACAGGGGCUCUCAAUAAGGCAGAUCAGGUUCAGGUUUGAUGGCCAGCCUAUCAAUGAGACGGAUACGCCUGCACAGCUGGAGAUGGAAGAUGAAGACACCAUAGAUGUUUUCCAGCAGCAGACGGGUGGGCUCUGCUAAGCCCCUCCCACCUCAUUGACAGCCACCCUCAGACCACGCCCUCAGCCACCUUCACUGUCCCUCCCCUUCCCAUCGCUCCUCAGCUACUCUCUAUUAUUAUUAUUAUUAUUAUAUUAUUAUUAUUAUUAUUAUUAUUAUUAUUUCCUCCCGUUUAAAGAUGUCUGUCAUGGUUUUUCGUCAGUGUGUCAGGUUGGGGGGGGGGGCUCCUCAGCCGUUUAUGUACUGUCUCAGCCAGGACUGAACUUUUGAGCGUGUCAACAGUGUUUCUGCUGGCCAAACAGGACAACACCUCCUUCCUGGCACCGCGGGUUGUCAUUGGAUCAGCGAGCAUCACGUUUGUCCCUGGUUUGUCAGUUCUGCUCUCUCUCGCAAGUGAAAGCGUAGUAGCCAGUAGUUUUGUCAUGGUUUUCAUCUAUUGCGGGUCAAAUGCAAGCCUCUGCCAUUUUGUCCGGGGUCACAGUCAAUUUGGCACGAAAAUGCUUUGAAAUGGAAGCGCUACCUGAACUUAAUACGAAUUCCAUUUCAAAUCGCUUUCUUGUGUGUUCUCUUCUUAACGGUGACUCCUGCUCUUCUGUCUCAAUGUAUUUUAAUUCUCUCUGCAUUUUUAGGUGCUUUUGCUAAACAAUUCUGCAAAGUUUUGUAUUUUUUUUUUUUCUUUUUUCAAAAAAAAAAUAUUACCCAGGGGGCUUUUUGCUUUUGUGUACAGACGUAUCAGAAUGGAUGUUGUUUUGGGGGCCUGGACCAAUACUCCAAAGACUGAACUUUUGUUUCAUAUAUCUUGUGCUUAGAUCAGUCUAAAAGCAAAGGGCAAGGUCAAAAACUGUCACAUUUACAGGAGUUAGUGUUUCAUUAGUGGUAAUUGGCUUCCUCUUCUCUUUGACUUCCACACAUUUUAAGUGAAAAGUAUCCAUAGUACGACCUAGCGUUCACUCAUCCACAGUUUGUGUAGGAAGGAGGUGAGGAGAGGAAAUUAUUUUACACUAUUGAGGUAUGCAUCCUUACUUGGUGUCAGGGUUGGGGUGUGGCAGUAGAAGGGAACUUUCCUGACAUGGAACGCAUAACCUUGCCCCUCUUUUCUGUUGAAGCGGGCCAGUGGCCAGUCCCUAUAGCAUUCUUUCAAGCAGAUCUGCUUGUGGUUUUUACAUUGGUGGGUGUAAGUCAAGGGUGGGCUGUGGGAGGGAAUAACUGGAAGGCUAUUCCUCAGUCUUCGGUCAGCUGUCCGGUCAUCUCUGUUUUGGAUGGGUUUUGACAGAGCAACUGAUUCUAGAUGUGUUCGGAGAGGGGCAGCUUCCAGUUUGAGCAUGAACAUCCAACAAAACGAAAUACAUCACACAGGGAUUUGUCAACAAAUGCCGGAGAUAGGUGUCCUCACCGGAUGCUUCCAUAAUGCAAGCUUAAGGUAAUGCUUCCUUGAAUGUAAAAGGCAAAAGUAGCAGUACAUCAGUUUGUUGUGAACACCUUUUUAAAGAGCAGUGUUGCUAACGGGAUGAGGACUGUCCCGAGUGGUGGUGAGUGUCUCCGGCGUUUGUUUACAAUUCAGAAAGUGAAGCAUGCAGUUUGUUGCAUACUGGGAGGGGAGGGAGGUCAGCCAAUGGAGUUGGGGAGAUAAAUGUUCUGUACCCACAGGUCUUGUCAUGUUAUUUGUUUCUCUACUGAUUUGUACAUUAUUUGUCGUCUUUUACUACUGUAUACAAUAAAUAUAGUUUGGUACUCAGG